AUGUCCUCCACUCCGAACAAAGUCUUCGUCGUCACAGGUGCGAAUCGAGGCAUCGGCCUGGGUCUCGCGAAGAAACUGUUGCAAAGACCCAACACCACAAUCUUAGCUUCAGUCCGCAAUUCCGAGGCAGCCUUCAGUCUCAAGUCAGAAAUUGAAAGCACGGCAGUAGGCGAGAACAGUGUUAUCCAUAUCAUCGAACUGGACUUCUCAUCCGCCAUUUCCCCGGACAAGAUCCGCGAUAUCGCCAAAGCGGGGGCAAGUAGCGUCACACAUGUCGACGUCCUGAUUUGCAACGCCGCUGUGGUCCACCCGUUAAUUCCGGCCCUAUCGACCUCAGCCGAAGACCUGCGCGCCUCCCUCGAAGUGAACACAAUUGCCCCUCUAUUGACCUUCCAAGCCUUCUGGCCCUUUUUGCAAAAGUCUUCCGCUCCUCAAUUUGUGGCUGUCUCGUCUUCCGUCGGUUCCAUUGCCGCCCAGGAGCCACUGCCAGGUGGUGCAUACGGUCCUAGUAAAGCGGCGCUGAACUGGCUUGUCAAGGCCAUUCAUAACCAGCAUGAAGCUGACAAGUUGAUUGCUUUUGCUUUGCAUCCGGGUUGGGUGCAAACUCGUGCUGGUGAAUACUCGGUGCAACAGUGGAACUACCCCGGUGAUCCACCAACCACCAUUGAAGAGAGUAUCACGGGAACACUUCAGGUUAUUGAUGGUGCUACGCGGGAGAGUACAUCGGGUACACUCAUCACGUACACUGGUGAAGUUUUACCUUGGUAG